AUUCCCGUCAUGCAUUCACGUCAGCACCACGAACAAAAAAAAAUUCCCUGUCGUUCAACCGCAUUGUUGCAAAGCACCGCCAUGAUUCCACUUUAUGGUAGCCUUACAAUCUCUUCGAAGUCUCAGGACCCAUCUCAGGACCUAUCCCAGUAUGAAGCUAUCAUGUCUAUGCUUGCGUACACUACUUGCAGCCUCUUGAUCGCUUCCGCUGCUGAGAUAAUUAUACAGGGAUAUGCAGCUUCCAUCGAAAAAUACGUUGCCAUCAUUCCAUUGAUAAGGCAACAUUCAAAUCUCGACGUAACUCAAGAAGCAUCUCCCGGCUCGCAGAACACUUGGUCUUCGGGUAGCGCAUUCUCAGGCAUCUUCAUAUUACAGUUGAGCUGUGUUUUUCAACCAGCCGGUUCCUUCAUCUUCGAGGGAGCCAUCGCUACAUGGCGCUUCUCGCCUCUCUAUUGUCUUCUGGACAUUGUCGCUAUAUACAGGCAACUUACUCGGAUUAUUCUCAAAUACAAAUGCUCUUUGUCCACAGCGUGUCUGAGUGUCUCCGCUGCACGGUACCGUUCCUACAGAAACAUCGCGGGCGCGGGUGAGCAGCACGAUCCGGGGAGUAUCGUCCUCCAAGAUAUCGAGGAUGUUGGCCGCGUCAUACGUCGACGCCGGUUGAUGGCCAUCUCCAUCGGUCUGAUUGGCGUUUUCCAGUUCAUCAUAGUCAUGGCAGUUCAAGGACCACCCGAAACCGUCGCUGUUGGAUUCGUACUCGCCUGCAUCUACUUCUCGUACUGGGCCACAAACGAGGCUAUUGCUGCAGUUGUGCGUCUCGCACCUCCGAAGUUACUGGACGACGCUGAGACGGUCAGCAUGUGUCUCUACGUAAGGCCGCAGUGGUUCUGCAUGUCUUCUGGUCUUCGUGAGUACAUGGCCGGCGUGUGGCACUUCGUCGCCGUCGGCGUACUUGCAGCAGCAUGGUUCGGAGCUGGAUUUGGAGGGAUGGAAUUGGGUGGAUCUAAAGUGCCAUACUUUGUAGACGUUCGAAAACAAAUACCAGAAACCAAAAGCAUUUCUCUUCGUGUGGUUCACCUACCAAGGGCUUCAGACGUGUGGGCUGUUUUUGUUGUACUAUGUGUGCGCUUAUGA